AUGUCGCUCUCCAUCUCUGGCACGCUGUCGACGCUGCUCGGCCUCCUGCACGUCUAUAUCCUUGUGCUUGAAAUGUUUUUGUGGACGACCCCCCGCGGGCGCAAGUCGUUUAAGCUGACGGCCGACUUUGCCGAGAAGAGUCGCCCGCUGGCGGCCAACAUGGGCCUGUACAAUGGAUUUUUGGCGGCGGGCCUGUUCUGGGGCUUGGUGCACCCGGUGGCGUCGUUCGGCUCGCAGAUCCUGGUCUUUUUCCAGGGCUGCAUUGUGGUGGCAGGCCUGUUUGGGGCGGCCACCUCGAGCAAACGGAUCCUGUAUGUGCAGGCAAUUCCGGGCGCGUUGACGCUGGCGGCGACUCUACUGGAGAUUUAG